AGUAAAGAUGGCGGCCCGCGGCCUUCCCGCCGCUCUUACUGUGGUGGUGCUGGGGUUGGCGUUGCUCUGUGCGGGUCCGGCCGGAGCCCGCGUCCAUCACCUCACCCUCAAAGAGUACAGUCAAGUGAUAAGCACUGACACAUUUGAAGCUCAUGUUGAGGUUGUUGGAAGAGUUGAUUGGUUCCAGUGAAAUCAUUGGCUAUAUCUGAAGGUGUCCUGAAGAAAUUUGCUGUUGGAUGAUGUGAGGCAGAAAGUGCACCUGAAUACAUUUGGCUUCUUCAAGAAUGGUUUCAUGAAAGUCAAUGUGAGCAACCUUUCAUUGAAGCCACCUGUGGAUGCUGAUGACAAGAGCAGCUCAUCAGUGGGGUUCAGUCUGGAUCGAACAAGGAAUGAUGGGUUCUCCACUUAUCUGGAUGAAGAAGUGGAUUACUGUAUUUUGAAUAAGAAACCUGAGCAAGGUGUUUCUGUUGUAAUCUUACUUCUGGACUUCAAAAAUGAUGUUGUGAAGGUACAGUUCUCUGCAGAAGCUUCUCACCUGCUGCCUAAGAUUUCAUUUGUGUCUGAGGAAAAUGCCACUGCCUUGAUUACCAAGCCACCAAAAUCUUCUGAAGAUAAAAUUGAUUCCGAUAAAAGUCUGGCUGAGACUAACGAAAAUACAGAUGGCACAGAUACGAAGUCCAAACGAAGUACAACAUCCUCACAGAGCAUAGUAGAACAAGAGCAUCCUGUUCGCAACGACAGAGGAACUAUCUCAUUCCAGUUUUUCUUUAACAUCAGUUCUGAUAACCAAGAAGGUCUCUACAGCCUGUAUUUCCAUAAAUGUAUUGACAGUAAUGGGAAACCUCGUGAUCAGCAGCUGUUUAGUCUUGAUAUAGAAAUUACGGAGAAGAACCCUGAAAGCUACCUCUCAGCAGGUGAGAUCCCACUGCCAAAACUUUACAUUUCCAUGGCACUCUUCUUUUUCCUGUCUGGGACUGUGUGGAUCCACAUCCUUCGUAAACGCCGAAAUGACGUCUUUAAGAUUCACUGGCUGAUGGCAGCCCUCCCUUUCACAAAAUCACUGUCCUUAGUCUUCCAUGCAAUCGACUACCACUACAUUUCUUCUCAGGGAUUUCCUAUUGAAGGCUGGGCUGUUGUCUAUUACAUCACUCACCUAUUUAAGGGUGCUCUUCUAUUCAUCACUAUUGCCCUCAUUGGAACAGGCUGGGCUUUCAUUAAACACAUCCUUUCAGAUAAAGACAAAAAAAUUUUCAUGAUUGUCAUCCCACUUCAGGUGCUAGCAAACGUGGCAUACAUUAUUAUAGAGUCAACAGAAGAGGGAACAACUGAAUAUGGACUGUGGAAAGAAAUCCUUUUCCUGGUAGACUUGCUGUGUUGUGGUGCCAUCUUAUUUCCAGUGGUAUGGUCAAUAAGACAUUUACAGGAGGCUUCAGCAACAGAUGGAAAAGCUGCCAUUAACCUAGCAAAGCUGAAGCUUUUCAGGCAUUACUACGUUAUGAUUGUGUGUUACAUUUACUUCACACAAAUCAUUGCAAUUCUCAUAAAGAUUGCUGUUCCGUUCCAGUGGAAAUGGCUGUACCAGCUGCUGAAUGAAAUGGCCACGCUGGUGUUCUUUGUCCUCACUGGGUACAAGUUCCGUCCAGCGUCAGAUAACCCUUACCUGCAGCUUUCUCAAGAUGAUGAGGAUGAUUUGGAGAUGGAAGCUGUGGUGACGACUUCUGGAGUAAUGGAGGGCAUGAAGAAGGUCAAGAAAGUGGUGAAUGGUUCAGCAGAGCCACGGGGCGAGUGGGAAAGCACAGCAUGAUGAACUGGACUGAGGCAGCACUUUCACAGAAACUUUUUUUAUUUAUUAAUAUUACUUUCAGUGGAAAGGGAGCAUUUAGCACUUCCCAACGCUGAAACUGCAGAGUGAGGUGUGUCAAGGGGGAGCAAAGCAGUGCAGAAAUCUAACUAUUCCUCUGAUCAUAAAAAAAAAAAGACAUCUCUUGGUACCUGCAAGGAGUGUGAAGCUUUCUUAGGGGUUUUGGGCAGCUUAUUCUUUUUUCCCCUUUCUGGAUCAGUUUGGUAUUCUGAAUUAUUUGCAGUUACAUUCUUCAGAAUGUGCAAAUCUAAUGUGAGGAGAGACCUUUAGUGAGUAUGUAAAGUAUAUAUUUUAUAUAAUGCUUAUAGAUGUAUACACACACCUGCUAAGUAACACGUAUGCUGGGAAAUGCAAAGUGUCUCAGGAGGUGGGGAAAAGACGAUGAGAUGUAAGUAUUCUUUUUAUAUAAACUCUCCUCCUGGCUUGGACAGAAUAUCGCAAAGCAAACGAGUUGAAACGACUGUAGUUAUUUAAGGCUAAGUGGGUUAUUGGAUCAGGUGGCUUCCUCCAGCCUUCACAUCAGUUGGAACGUUGAUAAGUGUCUUGUCUAAUUUGUGCAGGCUUUUACUUGAAUAUGUCAGGUUUUCAAAUGUAUUGCUACGUAGGAAGCAAGCGACCGUUUUCCAUUAAAAGCACUAACUUGUAGCACAAUAAGUGUUAAUGUAGAUUCUCCACUGCUGAUAGGAUUCUCUUGAUUUGCACCCACCUGACAAAAGAAAUACACGAGGUGUAGGACUGUUGCCUACUUUCUACAGGUCUGCCGUGCUAUCUUAAACAUGGAAUUUCAAGCCAUGACCCAGAGUGCUUUGUUCUACAUUCUAAAAUACUUGCAAGGUUUUCCAGAAGAUAUUCCCUGGUGCAGUGUAAGAGUACCAGAAUCCUCAAUGGAAAUCAAACCAGCAAACGUACUGCAGCGUACAUCUCUGGUUCUCCGUUGUCCUGAGUUGCUUUGCCACUCUGGAUGGUUACAUGUACCUCCAUACCUCCCUGUGUGUGUAGAACAGUGGCACUGCUGUUUGAGAUGAGCUGAACUGGUCGGAAUGGUAUUGCUGUCAAAACCAGGCCACUGCAACUCACAGUCAUUAGUGGCUUUUAUUUUUGUUUUCAGAAAAGGAGUGAAUUGUGGCUGGAAUACAGAAGUCUUAACUAUCAACUGCAAAUCUGCAGUGUGAUCUUUAGUUGUAUUACAAAUGCUGUGUUCAUCUCUAGAGUCCUGGUAUUGCUAGAAAGGCACAUUGUGCUUGUAGCUGUAGUAGUGAGGCAUUGUUAGUUUGUAGGAGGGUAGCAGUGGUUCACUGGUGUAACAAGGAUGAGCUCUAAGAAAAAUAAAACUAGUGUAACUCAUUGACCCAAUGAAGCCUUAAUCUUUAUGUAGAGCUGUUAAGGUUACCUGUUGAGUGAAGUGCUCCUGUCAGUAACAGGGAUAGGCAUCUUCACACAGCUUCAGACGUGCCAACAUCUCUUAAACUCAUUUGGGAACUUGCUUUUUUUUCCCUCUUUUGACUUGAAGGGACUGCAUUUCUGGGGGCACAACUGAUGGAAGGACUUCCAUGACUGCUUUUUCUCAUUCUUUAACUUAAGAAGAGAGUGGGAUUUUCAUUUUGUGGAGUUGCUGUUUUGUCUGUUGAAACGGUGAACCACUUCUUCCUUAGUCUUCAGUGUGGGUUGUAGAGCUUUUAGGCAGAAGUCUGUACCAACACUGUGUUCUCUGACUGCAGCUUCUUUUUCCCGGUGUUCAUUUUAUUCAUUGUGGAAGUAGUAGAAAUUAAUCUACCUGCUUUGAUACCUGGAACUGUUUUCUCUUCAGAUGAAGCAUAAGAAUAACCCUCUUAUCUUGGUGCAGAGUCCUCCGUUUUCCUCCUUGGCUUGUAACUACACAAUAAUUACAGCAGUGAUGGUUUGGCUUUUGCUGCCACUGUUUUGCAGAGAUACAGUUCAAGUGAAAACAGAGCCUGCACCACAAGAAAGGCUGUUACACGAUCAAUGAGCCUUCUACACCUUCAGUAUGAAAAGGUCUUUUGCAUAUUUCGUAGCUGAGACUUGAGAAAUUGAACUAGAAACAAACAGAGGCAGCCCUAGAACAUCGUGUGGUUAAAUACCUGAAAAUUGGCUCCUCAUUCUUUGCUCUGAUUUGACAGUUGCUCUGUCCCUGGGGAAGGAUCGCUGUCUGUAUCCAGAGGGCUGCUGAGCCAGACUGCGAGCCUUGCUCAGAGUUGUCUGCUGGAGUCAUAGAGUCAGUUGGCACGGAGGGAUGUAAGAGAUGGAGCAGGAGUGCAACAGUGCGUUGGUAACGUGGACGUGAUGAUGUCUUGGAACCCGUUGAUGUAAUUUCUGAAUGGAAUUGGCAGUUCUGCUGGGUGUGCCGUUUCACUUCCCAAAUGUCGGAGGCUGUGCGGGGUCCUGGUGUGUGCUGAGCUGGUUCUGACAGCUGGCUCUUUGUACUUCGGCAUCAGUGAAUCGCUGAUAGAACAAA